AUGGAGAUUAGUUCCGAUCGGCAUUCACAACUUAUGUUAGACUCACCAAUAAUUUACCGAUUGGAGGUUUCCCAGCAACCUAUUCGAGCGAGAAUGUGCGGUUUUGGAGAUAAAGAUCGCCGUCCAAUCGAUCCUCCGCCGGUUGUUAGGUUACUAGUAUCUACUGCAGAUGGAACUCCUAUACCUGAAAGUUCUGUCGAUCAUUCUAUGAUGAUCGUUCAUGCUGGUUUAUGGUCCGAAAGUUGCACCGAUGAGCGCAGCCUGGUAAUAAAUCCUUCCUCAAUUCCCACACAAUCAACUGGUCCCAGUUCUACCGUCAUGUCAUUAAACGCUCCUUCAUGUACCCGAAACCUUAUGGGUCAUUGCACUUCAUCCGCAUAUGUGCUCACUAAUGACUUGGGUCAACAAGGAAUUUAUUUCAUAUUCCAAGACCUUUCCGUCCGCACCGAAGGAACAUUUACAUUAAAAUUUUCGUUUUGUGAUGUGAAGAGUCUGUUAGUUCGAUCGCUCAAUGGAUAUACUAAUAGUCGAGGGAGUGUCGCAGCUGAAGUGUACAGUGAUCCUUUUAAGGUAUAUUCUGCAAAAAAAUUUCCUGGAAUGACAGUUGUUCCUGGAUCUUCAUCUUCGGCUGUACCAACUACAACUAUUAGUGACACUGAAAAUACAGCCGAGCGUUCAGGUAAUGAUGAGAAACGUAGUCGUCAAGACCUAUCUGAUAACGAUGAUGAUUCGGUUAAGGAUUCUGAGGAAGGAAAAGAUAAAUUUUUAGACCUUAAUAAUAAAUGGUUAGAAAAUCCUAUUAGUGAUAUAAGUAGCUCAAAAACUCUUAGUAGUCCAUCUAAGACUAAAAGAAAAAAUAAAGAUAAGAAAUAUCGUGAGGUUAAUGGGAAAAUUCUGAUAUUUUACACUUGGUGUGAAAAAGCAGGUUAUAAUAAUCAAAUGACUAAAGGAUGUGAUACUUACAAAAAAGAUUUAGUUGAUAGGCAUGUUAAGAAUCAGGAACAUACACUUUUAGAAAAAGUGAGAAAAACAAAUCAGCUGAAUAUAAUGCAAAGCUUAUCUCAUAAUUUAACCAAUGAUAAGAAAAAAAUAAUUAACCAAAUGAAAUGUGUGUAUUUUGUUGCUAAAAAUCAUCUUUCACUAAAUCUUUAUUCUGAAUUGUAUAAUUUAGUACUAAAUUCUGAUAGACCUUCAAAAAAUACUACACCAUACCUUCUUCAACUUCCUUCACUUUCUUCUUUAAAACCACCUACUGAAACUUCUCAAUAUGGAUCGUAUAAUAAUCCAAAGUAUGCUCAAAAGUUUGAAGAAGUAAUUUUUUAUAUUAUAGAAAAAGCAUUGGUUGAUGAAAUUAAAGCUUCUGAGCAAUGA